GCCCCGGCCGCCCCGCCGACUUGGGAAGCCCGGAGGAGCACCCCGCUUAGCGGGGAGGGAGGAGUCAGGGGCCUCCGCAGCUGGCGGCGCAUCCGACUGGAAACUCGACGGAGGGGCGGGGGGAUGCCAGCGGGGCGAGCUGGCCCAGGACACCCAGACGCCCGGAGGGGAGGGUGCGGGUGCUGCCCCGCCCGAGGCGCAGAGUGCAGGGGCGGGUAAGGACACCGCUGGGCUCAGGCCGGCCGUCGGGCUUACACUGAGACUGAGCCGCGGCCUGCCGUCUCUCGCAGCUUUUCCUGGAUGACUCCAAAAUGAAGAACUUCGUCACCUGCUUCAAAGACCCGCAGUUCCUGGUCGCCUUCUUCUCCCGCCUGAGACCCAACCGCAGUGGGCGCUACGAGGCCUCCUUCCCCUUCCUCUCGCCCUGCGGCAGAGAGCGCAACUUCCUGCGCUGCGAUGACCGGCCGGUGGUCUUCACGCACAUGCUGUCCGCGGGCCCCGGCCCUCCGCGGCUCUCCUACUGCGGCGGCGGCGAGGCCCUGGCCGUGCCCUUCGAGCCGGCGCGCCUGCUGCCCCUGGCCUCCAACGGGCGCCUCUACCACCCGGCGCCGGAGCGCGUGGGCGGCGUGGGCCUGGUGCGCUCCGCCCUGGCCUACGAGCUCAGCGCCUGCUUCGAGUACGACCCCGGCGCGCCCGCCCUGCCCUCGCACGUGCGCUGGCAGGGCCGCCGCCUCGCCCUCACCAUGGACCUGGCCGCACUCCUGGGCGCCGCCCCCGCG